AUGAAUUCACAUAUAGUUGUUGAAAAUGAAUCAUCUAUACCAGACGAUGACGAAUAUCAAACAGCAAUUGAAAAUAACUAUAUAACUGAUACUGAUACUGAAUCUGAAUCUGAACAUGAAGAAAAUCUACCACCAGAUGAAUUUAACACAAAUGGUCCAUCACAAAUUGCUGUUGAAUCAGUGGAAUCAAAUAAAACUUUUGAGAACUAUCACAAUAGAAGUGAGAGCAUUGAACCCAAAAUUAAUAAAGAAUUGUCACCCGAUUUUAAUCAAACAUUAGAAGACAUCAAUGAAUCAAUGAAUCAUAUUAAUGAAGAAAAUCUUGAUGAGUUUGACAAAUCAAUAAUGGAUGACCAGAAUUUGGAUGAUGGCAUAGAAUCUUUGCAUAAAGAAUUAGUCAUAAGUAAUAAUAAGAUUGAUUAUGUUGAAGAUUUGGUAAACAAAAGAAAACGGGAUAACCAUCUGCUUCCAGCAAAUAAAUAUAUUAAGAAUAAUGAUAAAACCCCAGGAAUAAUAGUGAGUCAGAAUAAAUCUCAAGCCCAGAUUUUAGAUGAAUUAAAACCACCCAAAGAUAAAUACAGUAAUGCUCCAUUUAAGAGUAAACGUAGUAAAAAAGGUUUCAAACCACCUUAUGUGACAAGGUCCGGUAGAAAAGUUCAAGCACCAGCUAGAUAUUUAAAUGCAAUCAUUAAUAAAAUUGAUUAUAAUGAUCCAAAUUGGAGACGUAGUAUGGAUGAAGAAAUUGAAAAAUUCAAGCUGAAAAAUGUAUUUGAGGUAGUCAAGAUUCCACCAGGAGUAAAACCCAUCACUACCCGGUGGGUCCAUACGUAUAAAGAAAAAGAUUUAAAAAAUAAAUCAUUCAAGUCGCGUUGCGUUGUGCACGGACAAAAAAUGGUUGAGGAUACUCAUUAUAAUCCAUAUAAAAUUAGUAGUCCAGUGGUUGAUUUGGUGUCUAUAAGGUUGCUAACUAUAAUUGCUGUUGAAAAGGGUUUAAGUAUGCACCUGUUGGAUAUAAGUUCUGCUUAUUUGAACGCGGACUUAGAAGACAACAGGGAAAUAUUUAUAUACCCACCAAAAUGCUAUGAAGUUGGUAAAAACCAUUGUUGGAAGCUUAACAAAUCUCUUUAUGGGAUGCGUCAAAGCGGAUACAAUUGGUACAACCACUUCCGCAGAAUUUUAAUAAACAAUGGAAUGACCCAAACAUUACAUAAUGAUGGUAUUUUUGCUAAACAAUUCGAAAAUGGUGAUGUAUUAUAUUUAACAAUCUAUGUCGAUGAUGUAUUUAUUAUUGGUAACACUGCUAAGGUAAUUGAAGAUUUUGUUACAAUGUUGGAAAACCAUUUUGAACUCACCUAUUUUGGAGAGACAACUGAAUAUCUAGGAAUUAACUUUAACCGAAAUGGAGAUACAUUCACAUUGGAUCAAAAACCUUUCUUGGAGAAACUAGUUGACAAUUUCAAUAUAUUAGACAGUUAUGGAAAGAAUAUUCCUGUCAUUCCGAAUGAUAUUAACGUGGUUAGAAAAUUAAGGAAAUCUGACGAAAUUAAUGAUUUUAUAAAAAUUGAAAGACCACACCACUUAAUUAAUGCCAUCACAAAAACAACAUACAUUGAACCUGAUGAUGAUGAAAAAAGGAUUCCGGAUUUUGAAAGUUCACCAGAAGCAGAAUUAUUGGACGCCAAAGGGAUAAAAUUAUAUCAAUCUGCAGUCGGUCUGUUGCUUUGGGCAACCAUGAACACCAGACCUGACUUGUCGUUCACUGCUAAUGUAUUGGGAUCGAAAUGUUCAAAUCCAGAUACGAAUGAUUGGAAAAAAUUAAUAUAUUGUUUGAGAUAUGUAAAGAAUCAUCUAGAUUUCAAAUUGGAAUACAAAAAGGGCAGAUUACUGAAACUGGAAAAUGAUUUUAUCAUUGAGGUAUUUUCAGAUGCUUCGUUUGCACCAGAGUUAGAUAGACGGUCUAUCACAGGUAUGGCUAUCUAUGUUAAUGGAAAUUUGGUAAACUGGGCAACGAAACGUCAAAAAAUUAUAACACAUAGUUCAGCAGCAUGUGAAAUGCUUGCAUUAAAUUAUUCAGUAUUAAAGGCAUUUGAUUUAAGAAACACUAUUCGGGAUAUCGGAUUGAAAGUGAAGAACAUCCAUAUCCAUGAAGAUAAUAAAGCUGUUAUCACAAUCUUGCAGAAUGAUAAUUUCCACCCCCACCGACCAAUCGAUAUUUGUUAUAAAUUUCUUAGGCAAAAGUUAAACGAUGGUUACUUCUCAAUUUCAUAUGUGGAAUCUAAAGACAAUUUGGCAGAUUCAUUCACAAAACCAUUAGGGAUGAGGAAACUAAAUGAACACACGAGAAGGAUCAUUAAAAGGGAAGAUUAUGAUGGUGAGACAACGCUGAUUGUCGAUGUCAGGAAGAUAAAAGAGAUUAAGCAAAAUAAUGAAACUAACCACCACAUGGAAUUUUAA